CGCUCUAGUUAAAAGAGCCAGAAGGCGUGCUGUGUCUCUUUAGUCAGUCUGUCUGUCCAUCUGUGUGUUUGCUUCGUUCCUUUUUCAGUAUGGAUUAGUAACUCCCAUGCUGUUAUUUUGCCUGCAGCUCACCUGAGGUAAAAGAACGCUGGUUGGAUACUCUUCACAGGAAAAUUAAAGCAGCAAAAGAGAGGGCAGGUUCUACCACUCCACCACCAAGUGUCCUGAUGAAGGUGCUGAGCGGCAGCAUCACGGCUAAAACUCUAACAGGAGGGGGCAUGGAGCCUUCUAUCACGUUUUCGCUUGAUAGUGACACAAAGAUCCCCGCCCUGCCCAGCUGUGUAACACAGCCCAUUGAAAAUGGUAGCAACAGUAAGUGGAGCAUCUUGAGGAAGUUGAGGAGAAGCUCCACCCUCACCAGCAUGUCCUCCCGUCCAGACACAGACUCCAAGAGCCAUCUGUUUGGACAGUCUCUCUCCAAGACCUGCCCAGAUGACGGGACUCUUCCGAAGCCUAUCACAGAUAUAUUGGUGCUGUUGCGCAAGAAAGGCCCCUCCACAGAGGGGGUGUUCAGGAAGAACGGCAACAGUAAGAACCUGAAGGCCAUCAGGGAGCAGCUCGACAGUGGGACGGAGGUGGAGAUGGAGGCCUUGCCAGUGGUUCUCCUGGUGGGACUACUCAAGAGCUUUCUGAAGGAGCUCCCGGGCAGCCUGCUAGUGUCGGAUAUGUAUGAGACCUGGAUGAAGGCCCUGGAGACUAAAGACAACCACAGAAGCUUAGAGCUCAAAAGGGUGGUAGACAAGCUACCAGGACCUAACAUUCUCCUGCUGCGAAACAUUCUGUGUGUGCUCCAUCACAUCACGGAGAGGGCAGACACCAACAAGAUGGACGCCAAUAACUUGGCAUUGUGCAUCGCACCCACUCUGCUGCAGAAGGACACCAUGUCCUUAGACGUGCAGACCGUGGAGAAGGUGACAGAGCUGACACAGUUCCUGAUCGAGCGUUGCUGUGAGAUCUUUGGAGAGGACGUCCUGAGCCUUUUGGGAGAUCCCGAAGAGGAGAACUCAGAUUCCGUGUCGUCACAGCAACACGAUUCUGCUUAUGACAGCAACGACCCAGACGCUGAGGGGGACAGUAUGGGGUCCACGCAAGUAGAGGGUGAGGGGGAAAGGUGCAGCUCGUCCCCAUCUCUCCUCUUUGCGUUCGGGAUACAAUGCGGCCCUAUCCCUUCCAACACCAUCUUCCACACCUUCACCAACAAUAAGCCCUUCAACCGCCGCUGCUCAGAGCCAAUCAUCUUCCACUCUGCUGAGAAGAGGAGCCUGAUUGGCCUGGCCCGUAGUAACGACGAUUUCUCCGUGGAGGGGCGUGACUUUGAGGAGCAUCCACUCAAGAAACAGAUCUCUGAUGACUCCUUCCUGCUCCCAGAAUGUGGUGUUACCAACACCAGGCAUGCCACCACGCUGUCUCUCCCCAAACUCGGUGGCAGCCAGACGAUGACUUGGCGGCAGCUUGACCCGUCAUGCCUGUCAUCCUGCUCCCUGGAGAGCGCCUCCUCCAACACAUCAGAGGUCUCCCUGUUCACCAGCUCGCCGCUGACAUCCCCGGCCUGCCAACACAGGGGCCAGUCCACACGCCAUGCUCCCCUCUCCGCCAAGCCCAGGGCAGAGCCCCCGAGGGCAGACACGACGGAAGUGGUCGAGCGAUGCACCCAGUCCAUGAAGGUGGACAGCAAAGCCCUGACGAGGACCAAGAGCCUGGGGGCCUUUGGCUUCGCCUGGGGCAGUCUCAAGAAAGGCGACCUCCAGAAGGAGAAGCCUUUCUCUUGCGGGACCCUCGAGGAGGACUCCCAGAGUGAGGUGGAGGCCCCAGUGGCCGAGGCCCCCCUCAGACAGAAGCGCCCCCUGUCUGCGGUGGAGGUCUUCCUACAGGUGGACAGCAGACUGCCCUCCCAGCCCCCUUCGUACGAGCAGGCAAUCCAAAGUGCGGCUCAGCCCUCCCCACCGCAUUAUGGCUCCAUGACUGUCAGUGCCGUCGCUGCCACUCUCAGCAGGAAGUCCCGCCCAGCCUCUAUGAACGCAAACUUCCUGUACUCCUGUCCCGUCAAUCAAUACACAGACUGCUUCUCUCAGGGGAUAGAUGGUGAUGAUGUCACUGCAGCCCAACAGCAUUCGGUCGGGUUCCGCCAGCGAGCGAUGUCUGAGUCCGUGUCAAGAGCACGCCACGAGACCCUGUCACACCAUGAGACAGCAUCACACCAUGAGACUGCGUCACGGAGGUGCAGCCAGCCUGUGUUCGAGGAGUAUUCUUACACCAAGGAGUCCUACGUUUGAAGGACUUUUUCAGACAUUAUGUUUCACUUUCUUCACUUUAAAUGUACACAAAUUAAAAUGUGCAACUGUUAGGUUGGACUUGCUGAGUAGUACUGUUUAGAGUACAAAAUUAUGAUAUUUUACCUGAAAAGCUAUUUAUAAAUAGACACCUUCUCUAGUUUAUCUACAGCAAAGCUAUGUAAAUAAUCACAAUCUGAAUCUGCAUGUAUAGAGGGUAACAAUAUGCUAUUGUUGGUAUUAUUUCCAUUGUUUUACUUUUGUUAAUAUACUGCUAUGUACUGUACAUAAAUGUAUACAUUUGUGAAAAUGUUUUCUUCCCCGUGUCUUUUUGUAUGUCUUGACUCUACAACAUCUUUACUUCCACUACAAUAAAGCACCUUUAUGUAA